AUGGUGACGAAUCCUCAAAUGUGGCUGUGCGCAAAGAUCAUGCUGGGGGAGGCGACAGGCCGCGAAUGUCGCAGCCGCAGUUCGGGUAGUGAUGUCAUGCGCUGGGGUUUGGCAUACUUUCAGUCCAAGCUUGCUUUGAGCCAAUGCACGGCAAGGCCAGGUCCUGCUCUCGCCCGCGUCGGAAGCCGCGACCCCGAUCAACGCCAUUCAACCUGCCCUCAACAGUUUCCGUUGUCGCCCAACAAUCAAGCAAAACCCACCACCUCAGAACCUUCCGCGGCUACAGCAGCCAAGGAGUCUACACAAGCCGAGCCAUCGGCCGCUCCUAUCCGGCCCAGCGUUGACAAGAAGUGGCGCACCGACCUUCCCAGGCGCACAGGAACAGGUGCAGCUCGAGCCUUCAGUUCUCGAAGGGCUCCGCGAAGGGCAGGCACCUCCUAUAUCAACAAGGCGAAUUUGAGCAAUGGUCGACAAUGGAACCAUGUCGAUGACUCGGACUCUUCCAAUUCCAGUUCGUCGUCUUCGUCCGAGGAUGAAGACGAGACGCCUGGUGAUGCACAACCACAUCUGGAGCACGCACAAGCCAGGAGAGAUCAGCGUAGGCGUGAGAUUGAUCAAUAUCGCCGUUUCCAUGUCGGCAACGACAACUACAAGACGAAGGGCAAAGUCAAGAAAGAUGGACGCCUGCGGAUUUCAGUCAAAGAGACAGCGAAUACUGGGUAUCUCGCAAAAGCUCUGGGUCAUGCUGCUAAGAAGAUUGUGGACCCGAAAGACAAGACCGAACCCGAGGAGGAAGCUGUUGACAGGCUUUCGACUGCUCCACCCUCUUCCGCUUCAACUAUGACAGAAGCCCUCGGCCGCCGGCCGAAUCUCAACAUUGUCAUCAUGGUCAUUGGAUCUCGUGGAGAUGCGCAGCCGUUUCUCAAGAUUGGCAAAGUGCUCAAAGAGCACGGCCACCGAGUUCGAAUUGCAACACACCCUGCCUUCCGAGAAUUUGUCGAGAAGGAUUCAGGCCUGGAGUUCUUCUCGGUAGGAGGCGACCCGUCAGAGCUCAUGGCCUUCAUGGUCAAGAACCCUGGCAUGAUUCCCACACUUGAGGCAGUAAAAGCCGGUGACAUUGGGAAGAGACGAGCUGCCAUGGCGGAGAUGUUUGAAGGUUUCUGGAGAGCUUGCAUCAACGCUACCGAUGACGAAAAGGACAUUCACAACCUGAAAAUGAUGGGAGCAAAGGAUCCGUUCGUUGCGGAUGCCAUUAUUGCCAAUCCGCCAAGCUUCGCCCACGUUCAUUGUGCGGAAGCGCUCGGUAUUCCUCUUCAUCUUAUGUUUACCUUUCCCUAUACUCCGACACAAGCCUUUCCGCAUCCGCUGGCCAGCAUCAAACGAUCAAAUGUUGAUCCUGGCUACACAAACUUCAUCUCGUACCCUUUGGUCGAGAUGAUGGUCUGGCAGGGUCUGGGCGAUCUCGUCAAUGAUUUCCGUACCAAAACGCUGAACCUCGACCCUGUCUCGACUCUUUGGGCGCCAGGCGCUUCUUAUCGCCUGCAUGUUCCUUUCACCUACCUCUGGAGUCCCGGCUUGGUACCUAAACCGAAGGAUUGGGGCGACGAGAUUGACGUUUCUGGGUUUGUCUUUCUCGACCUUGCGUCCACAUUCACCCCUCCAAGCGACUUAGAGGAGUUUCUUGCGGGAGGCGACACGCCCAUUUACAUCGGAUUUGGCUCGAUUGUAGUCGACGAUCCCGACAAAUUUACCCAGAUGAUAUUCGAAGCUGUUAAGCUGGCUGGUGUCAGGGUGUUAUUAUCAAAGGGCUGGGGUGGAUUAGGCGGUGACGACGUGCCCGAGAACGUUUACAUGCUCGAAAACACGCCACACGACUGGUUGUUUCCCCGAGUACAGGCAUGCGUCAUUCACGGUGGUGCUGGCACCACUGCGAUGGCUCUCAAAUGCGGCAAACCAACCAUGGUCGUGCCUUUCUUUGGCGACCAGCAUUUCUGGGGUAGCAUGCUGGGAAGCUCCGGCGCUGGACCUGAUCCUGUUCCCUACAAAAACCUCUCUGCGGAGAAGCUAGCGGAAGGCAUCAAGUAUUGUCUGACGGACGAAGCCCGCGCAAAGGUGGGGGAGAUCGCCAGAGACAUCGAGCUGGAAGGCGACGGUGCCGCUAACGCGGUGGGAUCUUUCCACCAUCAUCUCAACCUUUCCGGCGUCGAUUCGAUGCGAUGCUCUAUCCUCCCCGAACGAGUGGCUGUGUGGAAGUUGAAGAAUAGUGAUGUCAAGCUGAGUGCACUGGCCGCCGAUAUGGUCGUCGAGAGUGGUCAGGUGUCCUGGAGAAAGUUGAGGCUCAUCCGACACAUGGAAUGGAACGACUUUGAGGGACCAGGCGAACCGGUGACUGGAAUGGCCAGUUCAAUCGUUACAAGUGUCGGUCAUCUAUUUGGCGGCGUUGGAAGCGUUCCUUAUCGUAUUGCCAAAACGUCGCACAAGCGGAGCGAAAAGAAGAAGAAGAGAGAGAAGCUCAAGGCUAUGCGUGAGACAAGACGAAAUCGCAAAGCCGCGGCUGCAGACGAGAAGCUGCAGAACCAUGCCACAGCCAAAGUCAAGGGGCCCAAGGGUACAGAAGUGACGGACUUUGAGACCGAGGAAAAGACACCACCCAACGCGGCCCAAGCGGAAAGCCCUGCAAUGGCGACAGAAGGCGGUAAGCCAGAGCGUACAGAAACUGAGGCCAAGGUCGACAGGAAAGUACAGGAGCAGAAGCCUACCGGAAUCACUAAUCAGUACGUACACUCGCACGAGACGAAUGGCCAAACUCCAGAAGAGAAGGAGACGCCGAAACGCCCCUCCGCCCAAGGACGAGAUACGACAAAUACUAUGAGCUCGGCUGAAACUGCGUCCACGAUGGAGAAUCCCGUCGAAGAGUACGCUGGAGACAUUGGCAGUGGAUUAGGGAAGUCCGGCAAAGCCCUUGCCAAAGCACCGGUCGACCUCUCGAUGGCCAUCGCGCAGGGUUUCCACAACGCCCCGCGCCUCUAUGGUGACGAUACCGUCCGAAGGCCAACACGCGUUACAGGCAUGCGCUCAGGCUUAAAAGCAGCUGGCUCAGAAUUCGUUUACGGGAUCUGGGACGGCACCACCGGUGUUGUACUACUUCCUGUACGAGGAGCGAAGAAGGACGGCGUCGUCGGCUUUGUCAAAGGAACUGGCAUGGGUGUCGGUGGCCUGGUACUCAAGUAUCUCUCUGCCAUCGCCGGUCCCGUCGGGUACACCCUCAAAGGCGUUGUCAAGCAAGCGGGUCGCGACAAACAGCCCGACAGGGUCAUACGCCGCGCUCGGAUCAUCCAGGGCCAGCGAGAGGCUCAAAAGCUCGGCGCUGACAAGAAGGAGCUCGAGAACGAAGUCCUCCAAGGCUGGCGCCUUAUGCGUGAACUGUGGGAGGCAUUAGAACAGGUCGAGAAGCAUCGCGGCGGUGUUCGUGGGUGGGCCGGCGCGAAGAAGAAGCGCGGCCUGAACGCGGCGUUCCAAAGCGUCGACACGGCGGAGCGGGCACUCGCUGCCGUGAGGCGUGGCGACGACGUCAGCACCGUCGUCGGAACGGAGCGCAAGCUUCGCAAGGAUGAGGAUAGGCCAAAGCAGGGCGUCGAUGCUGCUGUGUGGGCCGGCUCGGACAGACGAAGCGUCGAUACGCGAAAGAGCAUUGGUAGUCGGCGAUCUGUCGACGACAAGGACGGCCGGUCGGAGAAGCGAGUCGUAGGAAAAACGACGAAUGAUAUUCCCGAGGAGGCUAACGACGUGCCGGCAAUGCCGCAGGUUGAGCGCGCGGCAACGUCGGUUUAG